GCCGCUGUCCAUGUCAGAGAACUUAAGUAAACUUGCCCACAAGAUAGACUUUUACAAAGAUGAAUCUGAUGACAAGAAAGGAUCGUCGGGUGACAUUGACAAGGAAAGUGAUGAUAAGAAUGCUACAUCAUUCCAGCCAUCACUUUGGCCCUGGGACUCCGUCAGGAACAAAAUCAAGGGCUCCCUGACGGAGAUGAGUGUACUUCUGGAUGUUCUCAAUAUUACCAAGGAGAAGCGCUAUAUGAUCCUAGACCAGGUGUCCCAGCCUUCACCUGAUCCCAAACCUCAACUUCAACUCCAACUCCUCUCCAAGAAAUCGGCCCUCAAUGAGGCGACAAACGUCUUGUUAAGUGGGGCGGAAAGAUUACGACGAUCACAGUCUGAGAUGGGUAGUAAACCACAGGGAGAUUUCCACAUGGAGCUGCUCAAACUCCGACAGAACUGGCGACUGAAGAAGGCUGGCAAGUUGAUACUGGGGGACCUCAGCUACAAAUCAGCUGGAUCACGAUACUGGCAGGGAGGAACAUUUGAGGUGGUCAAGAGUACUACUGUUGGCGAGGGAUCUGAAUCUGGGGCCAUGCUACCUAAGGGCAGUCUAGAGGUCAUAAUUCCUAGUGAACUGGAGGGUGUUGCAUACAUUCAAGUGGAGGUCAAGGUGGUCCCAGAGGCCAUGGACUUGAUGAGUGCCAUUCUGAAGAUCUCCUCUGGCCUUGGCACCAUACCUACUGAUGCUUACUGGAAGCAGAAACUGGAGGUGGCACAGAACGUCCUCUUCUGUAAAGAAAUUUUUGCACAGUUGGCCCGAGAAGCAGUCCAAAGUAAAUCGUCAGUACCUCAUCUAGUCGUGGGCAACCAAAUCAUCACAAAUAUAUUCCCUGGUAUUCAACUUUCCAUUGUACUGUGCCAUUCUCCUGGGAAAGAGAAAGAGAAAAAGCAGUCAUCAACGCCUCACAAAUUGGACCACAAUCACGUUUUAGAGCACUCCCUCCAUCAGCUAUUACGUGAGCUCCACUUCAAAAAUAUCCACUUCUCGCCACCACAUCCUGUCACAGCAGUCAUCGGCAUCUCAAAGAAACGGCGACUUGCAGGACCCAAUGCCCUGUCACGCUCAGAACUGACUGAAAUGAUUGAAAAUGAAAGUUUACUGCAUCAGAUCAUCAAGCAGACAAAGCACAGUGUUUUACGCCUCAGAACCAUGAAGACAAUAGAUCGCUAUGCUUCCUCACAGAAGGAUCCUAACUUAGCAACACACUGGAACUGUACCAACAACAGUUUAGAGGCAAGCUGUCGGGUAGUGAUCACAUCCCAGGGAUAUGAUCUGCGGGUAUGGCACAGUUUUGUGUUGAACAUCGGAGUGGACAUGGUAAAAGCUGUCACACGUGAGGGGCGUGUCUACACAUUUUCCUAUGAGGAGCGGGAACUGGAAGAUUUCAUCAUGUGGCAGAUAUCUCAGCACCAGUUAAGUGUUUCCCAGAACCUAGCCCGAAUGAUGGGAUGGCAGAUGCUCAGUACCAGUACUGCCCUUGGUGUGGGGGACAUGGAGGAUGUGAGCACAGCCUCAUCACUAGUACUAGCUUCACCAAACCAUGAUAGGGUACUGGCAAUCAAGAGUGGGCCAAGUAGUGGUGUAAAGGUCUUCCUCCAGUGCCAUUCCAAAGAUCACAACAGCAAGAACAGGGCUGUAUUAAAGGACAUUAAAUGGCAAAGCAUUGGUACAGACUUUCAGUCUGUUGACCUUGAACGGUUUGAUGGACGUAGUUUUGCAUCAAAGUUUGAACUCUUGUUGGCAGUGCUCACACGAUCAUCAAAGUGAUAGCUAUAAAUAUGUAUUUAUAGUCUAUUUUUUGUGACAUAUGGAGGUAUGCUGGAGAAGAAGUUUUAAUUGGAGGAAUUGUAUGAUGCUUCAAAUUAUAAAUGCAUGAUGGUCACAGAAAUGUGAGCAGAAAGUCUGAUCUGACAAACAAAUGGCUAGUAGAUUGUUCUCUGACAAACAUGGCCCCAAGUAGAUCACCUGACAAACAGUUGACAAAGGAAUUGCUGUCUAAUUAGUAGGACGUCCAUUGCAUCAUGGGAUAAACAUACGCCAGUGGAGCAGUAGAUAAGAAGGUGCCCAGUGGAGCAUUAGUUAACGGAUACCCAGUGGAGCAUUAUAUAACGGACGCCCAGUGGAGCAUUAGUUAACGGAUACCCAGUGGAGCAUUAGUUGACGGAUGCCCAGUGGAGCAUUAUAUAUAAGGACGCCCAGUGGAGCAUUAGAUAAACAGAUGCCCGGUGGAGCAUUAGAUAAACAGAUGCCCAGUGGAGCAUUAGAUAAACAGAUGCCCAGUGGAGCAUUAGAUAAACAGAUGCUUAGUGGAGCAUUAGAUAAACGGAUGCCCAGUGGAGCAUUAGAUAAACGGAUGCCCAGUGGAGCAUUAGAUAAACGGAUGCCCAGUGGAGCAUUAGAUAAACAGAUACCCAGUGGAGCAUUAGAUAAACGGAUGCCCAGUGGAGCAUUAGAUAAACAGAUGCCCAGUGGAGCAUUAGAUAAACGGAUACCCAGUGGAGCAUUAGAUAAACAGAUGCCCAGUGGAGCAUUAGAUAAACGGAUGCCAAGAGGAGCAUUAGAUAAACGGAUACCCAGCGGAGCAUUAGAUAAACAGAUGCCCAGUGGAGCAUUAGAUAAACGGACGCCCAGUGGAGCAUUAGAUAAACCGAUGCCCAGUGGAGCAUUAGAUAAACAGAUGCCCAGUGGAGCAUUAGAUAAACCGAUGCCCUGUGGAGCAUUAGAUAAACCGAUGCCCUGUGGAGCAUUAGAUAAACGGACGCCCAGUGGAGCAUUAUAUAACGGACGCCCAGUGGAGCAUUAGAUAAACCGAUGCCCAGUGGAGCAUUAGAUAAACGGAUGCCCAGUGGAGCAUUAGAUAAACAGAUGCCCUGUGGAGCAUUAGAUAAACACAUGCCCAGUGGAGCAUUAGAUAAACAGAUGCCCAGUGGAGCAUGGAAUAAACUAUUGCAUGCUCUCAAUGAAUUGUCUAUCAAGCUGGCAGCCUAAAAAUAUAUAGUUGUCCUACAUUCAUGAGUUUAACUGUUUUUUUAUACCAAUUUCAGCCCAUCACAUGGUUCAGUGAUCGGGUGCCUACUUUUAAUUAGUAAUGUUUUUUUAUAAGCAAACUGCUAUCUUUCAAACAAAACAUCAUUACUCAUCUUUCAUUCAUUUGAUUAUAGACAGAUUUGUUAAAUGUAGGUUUAUUUCGACUAGAAACACUUCCAAACAUCAUCUCUUUGACAUGUAUGUAUUACACUGAUGUCUUAUACUAGAGAUAGACACACCUACGCUGCGUUUAUAUCAUCAGCUCACUUGUCAACACAACUAAAUGUAUUUCUGUCGAAUUGGAGUACUCUGCCAAGGAUAAUAAGAUAUCACUUUAUAAAGCCCAGUGCUCUUUGUUAGUUGUGUUAAGACAUAGAUGAUGAAUGAAGCCUGUUAAAAAAGUCAUAUACAUUUUGUAUUUCUUAUUGAAGAUAAGAAUUUUACAUCCGAAAGUUAUUUCACAGAAAUUGUGGAUUGUGUACAAUAAAAUGAUAUUGAUUA